CACAAAGGCCCCCAGUCACAAGGCUCUUCUGCGUCUUCCCAGCCGCAGGCGCAGGCCCAAGCAACUCGGCCGUCCAGCGGGUGCAGGUGCGGACGCACCGGCCAUCACCGCGCGCGGCUGCGCAGCGGGCACCGUAGGCACCGGUCUCUGGCUCCCUGGAGCGGGGCAGCCACAGAACCCGAGGCCAUGUCCCAUGAAAAGAGUUUCUUGGUGUCUGGGGACAGCUAUCCUCCCCCAAACCCUGGCUAUCCUGUGGGGCCCCAAGCCCCUAUGCCUCCCUAUGUUCAGCCUCCCUACCCUGGGGCCCCAUACCCACAGGCCGCUUUCCAGCCCUCUCCCUAUGGUCAACCAGGGUAUCCCCAUGGUCCCAGCCCCUAUCCACAAGGUGGUUACCCUCAAGGACCCUACCCUCAAGGAGGCUACCCACAGGGGCCAUACCCACAGAGCCCCUUCCCCCCUAACCCCUAUGGACAGCCACCACCCUUCCAGGACCCUGGCUCACCUCAGCAUGGGAACUACCAGGAGGAAGGGCCUCCAUCCUACUAUGACAACCAGGACUUCCCCUCGGUCAACUGGGACAAGAGCAUUCGCCAGGCCUUCAUCCGAAAGGUGUUCCUGGUGCUGACCCUGCAGCUGUUGGUGACCCUGUCGACUGUGGCCGUUUUCACUUUUGUCGGGGAGGUGAAGGGCUUUGUCCGGGCCAAUGUCUGGACCUACUAUGUCUCCUACGCUAUCUUCUUCAUCUCCCUCAUUGUCCUCAGCUGUUGUGGGGACUUCCGGCGAAAGCAUCCCUGGAACCUUGUUGCCCUGUCGAUCCUGACCAUCAGUUUGUCCUACAUGGUGGGCAUGAUAGCCAGUUUUUACAACACGGAGGCGGUCAUCAUGGCCGUGGGCAUCACCACAGCUGUCUGCUUCACGGUGGUCAUCUUCUCCAUGCAGACCCGCUACGACUUCACCUCGUGCAUGGGCGUGCUCCUGGUGAGCGUGGUGGUGCUCUUCAUCUUCGCCAUACUCUGCAUCUUCAUCCGGAACCGCAUCCUGGAGAUCGUGUACGCCUCGCUGGGCGCUCUGCUCUUCACCUGCUUCCUGGCUGUGGACACCCAGCUGCUCCUGGGGAACAAGCAACUGUCCCUGAGCCCAGAAGAAUAUGUGUUUGCGGCCCUGAAUCUGUACACGGACAUCAUCAACAUCUUCCUAUACAUUCUCACCAUCAUUGGCCGUGCCAAGGAAUAGGACAAGCCCCAGCUCAGGUGGCAUGGUUGGCUCAGACCCAUGCCCCUGGCAUGACAUUGCCAUCUGUGCUUCCCUCUCUCUGGUCCCCAGGCAUGGCCUGGAGCAGAGGGAGCCCCUCUCGCCCUCGUGUAUGUACACUGCAAAUACUUAACGUUCGGACCCUCUCUGGCCACAGCAUGGCCCCCUUUAUCCCUUUUGCCCUUGCCAAGGGGUGACAGGGCUGCAUUUCUGUGCCACCUUCUGUCUACUCAUUGUUGCAUGAGCCCUGUCUGCCAGCCCAUCCCGGGGUCUGGGAUCAACACCAGGUCCCAGGGGAGAAGGAUCAUACCAAGAGGUGAGGGUGCACGUCUUCCCUCCUGUCCCAGCUCCCCUGGCAUAGAGUCCCCAUGUCCCCUCCCCACCCUGCCUUCUGAGGGGCUUGCAGGGUGGGGUCUCGUUCUUGUGCUGGGCCCCGAGAGCAGAGAGGGUGGCAUGUUUCAGGGGAGGAGGCUCUCUUGUGCUGCCAUUGUUAAAAUGCCAAUAAAAGGGUAUCUUCUGCUCUCUG